AGAUGGCCGGGGCGAGCAAGGUCUGAGGCUCCGCUGCCCGAAACGUGACCAUGUGGAUUCAACAGCUUUUAGGACUCAGUUCCAUGUGCAUCCGCUGGCCGGGCUGCUCCGUAGGAAGCCAUGCUUGGAUACUUAUAGCCAUGUUUCAGCUCGCCAUGGAUCUGCCCUCGUGUGAGUCCCUGGGCCCGGGCCCCGACUUCCGGCUGCUGCCCCGGCCACCGCAGCGGCCGCCCCGGCUGUGGAGUUUGAAGAGUGGACAGGCGGCGCGCAUCCCCGUGCCCGUGUGGAGCCCGCGCCCGGCCCGCGUGGAGCGCAGCCACGGCCAGAUGCCCAGCCCGCGCGCCAAACGGGCGCACAGACCCAGGGACCAGGUGGCCGCCCUGGUGCCCAGAGGCGGGCUCGCCAAGCCCCCGGCCGCGGCCGGAUCCAGCCCUUCCCUCGGCUCCUCCUCCGCCGCGGCCCCGUCGCCCACGGCGGGUGGCGCGGCCGGCACGGACCAGCAGGCCCUCCUGCGGAGGGGGAAAAGGCACGUGCAGGGGGCCGGCUUCAACGGCUUUGACUUCCGGGGCAGCAGGCCCACCACCGAGACGGAGUUCAUCGCCUGGGGACCCACGGGGGAGGAGGAGGCCCCGGAGUCCAACACAUUUCCAGGCCUUUACGGCCCCACCACGGCCUCCAUCUCACAGACACGGAAGACGACCGUGGCCAUCGCCACCACCGCCGCCACGGCCACCACGGCCACCUCCAUGACGCUGCAGACUAAGGGGGCCACCGAGCCCCUGGGCCCGAGGAAUAGGAUCCCGGUUGGGGCUAGCACAACGGAGCCUUCCACCAGUCCCAGCAAAGACAAUGGCGAAGACGUCAAGCCCCCACGAAUUCUGGGGGAGACCUCAGGUCUGGCUGUUCAUCAGAUCAUCACCAUCACUGUCUCCCUCAUCAUGGUCAUAGCUGCUCUGAUUACAACUCUUGUCUUAAAAAACUGCUGUGCCCAAAGCGGGAACACGCGCAGGACCAGCCACCAGCGGAAGAUCAACCAGCAGGAGGAGAGCUGCCAGAACCUGACGGACUUCACCCCUGCCCGGGUGCCCAGCAGCCUGGACAUCUUCACGGCCUACAACGAGACCCUCCAGUGCUCCCACGAGUGUGUGCGGACGGCUGUGCCCGUGUACGCAGACGAGACGCUGCAUCCGACGGGGGAGUACAAGUCCACGUUUAACGGGAACCGACCCUCCUCUGAUCGGCAUCUUAUUCCUGUGGCCUUUGUGUCUGAGAAAUGGUUUGAAAUCUCCUGCUGACUGGCCGAAGUCUUGUGUACCUCCUGGGGGCAGGGCAGACGCCAUGUGUCUAUU